GUAAGAAGCCAAUCUUCUUCUUUAUCCAACCAAAUCCUCUCGAAGCAGAGUAACAAGAGGGAAGCAAAAAAAAGAUGACGACAAUGGCGACGCAAGGGGCUUUUCUACGAUUACGAAUGACCUCAUCCUCAAAGUCCGUCGCUAAGCCAACUGAGCUCGGCUUCCUCAGCUCCCAGCUCAGCGGCUUAAGAAUCUCGCAGGGUCCCUCCAGUGACGUCAUCAACCGCAUCUCCCUUUCUUCCUUCCCCGGUCUUCAGCCAAUCGUCGCCCGGAGGAUCUGUCCUUUUACUGGGAAGAAAGCGAACAGAGCCAACAAAGUUUCCUUCUCUAACCACAAGACCAAGAAGUUGCAGUUCGUCAACCUACAGUACAAGAAGGUUUGGUGGGAAGCUGGCAAACGCUUCGUCAAGCUUCGUUUAUCAACAAAGGCCUUGAAGACCAUUGAGAAGAACGGACUCGACGCUGUCGCCAAGAAAGCUGGCAUAGAUCUCCGCAAGAAAUAGAUGAUUGAUUGAUAUGUAUCUCUUACUGUUCUCUUAAUACAUUUCCUUCAAUGGACCUUGUGAGUUUGAAUCAGAAACUGUUUUUGUUUCCCUUAAACAAAACUCGUAAAAAAAAAUUACAUUUCA